AUGGCGGCCGCCUCGGCUGCGGGGGGGGUGCCUGCCCCUGCAGCCCCCGUCCCGGGUGCGGACGGCCAUGGCGAGUCUCCGGAAGACGCUGGAGGAGGACGCGGGUCCGCGGACGAAGAGACGGGCGCGCAGGACUCUGGGGUCACCGAGGGCUAUGACGAGGACGUGUUCGAGGUGGAGAAGAUCCUGGACAUGACGACCGAGGGGGGCAAAGUCUUCUACAAAGUUCGAUGGAAAGGGUACACCUCACUUGAUGACACCUGGGAGCCCGAGGUUCAUCUUGAGAACUGUAAAGAAGUGCUGCUUGACUUUAGAAAGACUAUUGCCGACAACAAAGCUAAGCCAGUCAGCUGGUUUAUUCAGAGACUUUCUUUAAGCAAUGACAUAUUUGAGGCAAACUCUGAUAGUGAUGAGCAAAAUGAAACAAAAGAAGAUACUUCCUCAAAGAAGAAAAAGCAGCAGCUACGAGCCAGAGAAGAGAAAAGCCUAGCCAAUCUGAGAAAGAGAAGAGCGAAGGCUGGGCGGCUGAGAGACAGGUCCACAGCAGACCUGGAGAGCUCCUUGGAGAGGAUAGUUCUUGAUCUGAAGAGAAAGAAAAGACUGUCAGAAGCCAAGGAAUUAAACAAGUCCAAAAAAGACGAUGCGCAAGACGCACAGGAACCCAAGAAACUUAGACCGGAUGAGCCUCGGGAUUUGAGGACUAAAAUAAGAGACUAUUCCAGAGAAAACAGAAGAACAAGAAAGGGCCAAUUCUUUACAUCGCAGUGGACAUCUGGAUCAAGUGUCCCUCACGACUCCCUUCCUCAAGAUGAUGGCCGUGAAAAUCCACAGCCGGACAAAGAGGAGAAACCGAUGAAGAGUACGGAAGAGACAGCAGAGCCAAGGAGCAUUUCCGACGUUGUCUUUGGUAAGCACCCAGAUGGCGAGGGCGCUGCCGAGGAGGACCCUGGUGUCAGGAGACAUGCAAGAGAGCAGAACGCCGGACCGUGUGGCGAGAAACAGCACGGGAAUCAAGCCCAGGGCCCAAGUCCCGCAGAGUCAGAGAGACCAGUACUGACCUCAGCCCAGGUACACAAGGAUCCGCGCCUGGGUGAAGAAGAGAGCGGCCUCAGGUCCACUGGCUCACCUGGAAAGGAGCAAGAGAUUAAAAAGAAUGCACCCAAAGAAAAAUGGCAGAAAAUGCAUGAUUCUGACAUGGAUGGAAAAGACAAGAGAAAGCCCCAAGAAUUAAAGAGGUUGAAGGAAGUUAGAAGCGCAUUUGACAUGCUUACAUUAACUCCAGAAGAAAAAAACGAUCUUACUGAGACUAAUUGGAAAAGAGAAGAAAUAUCACUAGUUUGUAAAACCACAGACGACCAUAAAACUGAGGAAAACGAGUUCUUUAAAGAAAGCAGAAACGCGAAAGAUGAAACAGACACGUGGGUACAUGCAGCAGCAGCAGCAGCAGCAGCAGGGCACCAGGCAGUUGUAGACAGUGCGUGUCAAACAGAAGCGACAUCUGAUUGCAAGCCACAAAAAAUGAGUUUGGGUGUAGAUUUGAAAUUGGAAUGGAUGAAACUAGAAGAUUUUCAGAAGCAUCUUGAUGGAGAAGAUGAGGAUUUUGCCAUAACUGGCAGAGUUCCAUGUAAUGUAUUGAGGGAUGCUGUGAAAAAUGGGGACUAUAUUACUGUAAAAGGUGCACUUAAUUCAAGUGAAGAAUAUAACCUGGAACAAGAGGAUUCAAGUGGGCUGACUCUAAUGAUGCUUGCUGCCGCUGGAGGACAAGAUGAUGUCCUGAGACUGCUCAUCAAGAAAGGAGCCAAAGUUAACAGGAGACAGAAAAAUGGGAAAACUGCUCUGAUUCAUGCAGCUGAGAAGAACUUUCUAACAACAGUGGCUAUUCUUUUGGAAGCAGGAGCUUUUGUAAAUGUCCAGCAGAGCAAUGGGGAGACUGCGCUAAUGAAGGCCUGUAAACGAGGAAACUGGGACAUCGUGCGGCUUGUGAUCGAGUGUGGAGCGGACUGUAAUAUUCUGUCCAAGCACCAGAACAGCGCACUGUAUUUUGCUAAGCAGAGUAAAAACAUGCUGGUGUAUGAUCUGCUGAAGAAUCAUUUAGAAACACUCUCAAGAGUCGCAGAAGAAACAAUAAGAGAUUACUUUGAAGCACGUCUUCUUCUACUAGAACUGGUUUUUCCAAUAGCGUGUCAUCGUCUCUGUGAGGGUCCAGAUUUUUCAACAGAAUUCAAUUACAAGCCUCCACAGAACAUACCUGAAGGCUCUGGAAUCCUGCUGUUCAUUCUCCAUGCAAACUUUGUGGGUAAAGAAGUGGUUGCUCGCCUCUGUGGUCCAUGCAGUGUGCAAGCCGUAGUGUUAAAUGACAAGUUUCAACUCCCUGUUUUUCUGGAUAGUCAUUUUGUUUAUUCAUUCAGUCCUGUUGCCGGUCUCAAUAAGCUCUUCAUCGGGUUGGCAGAAGUACCCACUGCUAAGGUUAAGUUGCUAAUAGGUGCCUACAGAGUACAGGCUGCAGUGACCCAAGGAUUGUGACCAAGCUCUUUUCAGACCUAUUUUUCAAUAUUCUCUUUCAAGCAGUUUGGAAUUCCUCUGAUACAUUGAACACUUUCAGAUUAAAAAUAUCAUCUGUAAACCUCUUGCAGUUCCACACCUGUCAUCUGCUGGAGUGCGUAAGGUGGGACACGGUUGCUCUGAUGGAUUCUAAAAUCCUUGCAAGUACUGGUGGCAGCAUUCUGAAAUAUCGGUGGUGUGGUGUCUAGCCUGCCUGUGCCAGUUUUCCACAACGUGGAAUACUAAGGGAGAUUUAUUUAAGAAAAGUCAAGGAGGGAUCUUUUUUAAACUUCAAAUAUUUUACUAGCCUUGGUGAAUUUCUUUGUUAAAAAAAAAAGAAUGUAAAGUUUUUAUUUUCUCACGGCAAGGGAAGCAUAUUACAUUCAAGACACUCAAGCACACAAUAAAAUGUGAAU